AUGUCUUCCAUCGUCAACGCCGCCAAAGCUACGCUCUCGGAGAACUUGGGAGGAAUCGCACAGUCGCUGGCACCCGCCGGUACAGAGUUCUCUCUGGAUGAUGUUCCAGAUCAGAGUGGCAAGGUCGCGGUCGUGACGGGUGGAAGUGCAGGCAUCGGAUACGGAGCCACCCACACACUCCUCACGAAGAACAUUUCGAAAUUGUUCAUACUCUCCGGCGGCGAGGAAAAGGCGGACACGGCACAUCAGGCAAUCAGCAAGGAGCUGGGUGAAGAGAAGGCGUCUCGAGUGGUGCUCGUUCACUGCGACCUUGGAGACUGGAAGAGCAUCUCGGGCGCGGCGAAGAAAAUCACCGAUGGCACUGAUCGCUUGGACAUUCUCAUUCAAAAUGCCGGACGCGGAAUCAUGACAUACCAGCUCAGCGAUCUGGGCGUCGACCGACACAUGGCUGUGAAUCACUUCGGACAUGCGCUGCUCACAUCGCACCUCCUACCUCUCCUCAAGAAGACGGCAAGUGGCCAGAACGUCGUGCGUGUCACGAAUCAAGCUUCGAACUUGCACGAGUCGGCUCCCAAGGACACCAAGUUCGCCUCGCUCGAUGAGCUCAACACCGAUCUCGGACCAAAUGGCCAGUACGGUCGAGCCAAGCUGGCCAACAUCUUGUUCAGCCGGUACCUUGCCCGCCACUUGACCAAGGAGCAUCCGCGGAUACUGGUGAACGCGACUCAUCCAGGUGUUGUGUUCACAGACAUGUCGCAGAAGGACAUUCACGAGCCGUAUCCACUUCUGGGAUACGGUAUGUCGGUGGCAGCCGCGCCUUUCAAGAAGGACCAGUUUGACGGAGCCCUUUCGACAUUGUACGCUGCGACUGUCACACACAAGUCGGGAGAGUACAUCUGCCCCCCUGCUGCGGUCGAGCCGGGUAGCGAGCUCUCCCAAGACGAAGCUCUGCAAGAUCAGUUGAUGAAGUUGACUCGAGAAAUCAUUGCGGAGAAGAUGAAUGGCGAGACGUUGGAGCUCUAGGCCGUGGGACCGCAGCCAUUGGCAUAGAUGUGUAAUGAGCAAUGCAGACGCGCAGGAUCAAAAAGAAAGACAUCGCAGGGGGUGAUUAAGUUUGGCUAGCGCAUGGCUACGUCCGCUGGAAUUGCUGCAACCCUUCUUCUUCCCUGCCUCUUCCCUUCACAUAUACAUAUGUCUCUCUCU